AUGGCUGGUGAAAAUACUAGUAAGCUGCAUUUCGUUUUCAUGAACUACGAUCCCGAAUACGAGCGGCUUCGAUCCAGCAAAACAAAGAGAGGGCAACAUGAGCUGGAUUUAUACUUGAGCAGGAAACACGACGACGUUUUGGCCAAGAAUUUGGAGGCAGGGACUUACAUCAAAACACUCUCUAUGGUCAUUGUUGAUGGUUUUGCAGUUCAAAUCACAGACGAACAGGCAGAUGUGCUGAGAUCUGCAAAAGAAGUGAGGAUUGUGGAGAAAGAUCUUCAACUUGGGACGAAUUAA